UAACAAAUCAUAGAGCAAAAUGGCGGAAGGCAAUGAAAUAUCGCCUGAACAAACUGAGCAAUUAAUUCAGUUCCAGGACUUAACUGGAAUUGAAGACAUGGACAAAUGCCGGCAGAUUCUGGAACGGCACAGUUGGAAUAUAGAGAUGGCAGUGCAAGAUACAUUCAAUGAAUCUGAGGGAAGACCAUCAGUUUUUGUUGAUCAAGCUAGAGAACGGAGAAGAGAGGUUGAGCCUAUAGUAAAUGCAAAUCCUGUAGAUCAAAGAAUUUUUACAAUAUCCAGGCCGCAACCUGUUACUUCUUGGUCUCAGUGGUGUAUGAUGUUAAUAUUCUCCCCCUUUCGGUUUACAUUCUCCACAAUCUUUGGUAUAUUCCACUGGAUAAAGCGACUUGUGUGGCCUGAUCCACGCCGCCUUGUCGUUGAUCCUGUUGGUGAUGUCAUGUCUUUUAUUGUUCGUUAUGAAGAAACUUAUGGUGCAGUGCAUCCAACUUUUUAUCAAGGAAGUUAUAGUCAGGCCAUUAAUGAUGCAAAGAGAGAAUUAAAGUUCUUGUUAGUUUACCUGCAUAGUGAUGAGCAUCAGGACACACCUGUAUAUUGUAGAGAAACCUUAGGCAACACAGAUGUAUGUGAAUUUAUCAAUACUCGAAUGUUAUUCUGGGCAGCGUCUGUAGAAACGCCUGAAGGAUACAGAGUGUCUUUAACACUAAGGGAGAACACUUACCCAUUCUUAGCGGUCAUUGUACAACGAGACAGCCGGAUGACCGUUGUUGCUCGUAUAGAAGGACCAAUCAAGGCCCAAGAUUUGAUCCAGCGAUUAACACGUAUAAUGAAUGAGACAGAAGGCUACUUGGUGGCAGCGCGACACGACCGAGAAGAGCGGCGUUUCACGCAGACUCUGCGUCAACAACAGGAUCAAGCUUAUGAAGAGUCUUUGAAAGCUGAUCAAGAGAAAGUUAGAAAAAGGAAAGAGGAAGAUGAUAAGAAAAGAAUGGAAGAAGAACAUGCACAGAGGUUGGCAGAUGAGAAAGAAAGAAAACUUCAGGAGAGAGACGAUUUGAAACGUCAAAAACUAGAGAAUUUAGCCCGUGAGGUGGAUGAACAUGAUCCUAACGCAGUUAAAAUAGUUUUUAAGAUGCCCAAUGGUACUCGCUUAGAAAGGUGCUUUCUCAACUCUCAAUCACUAGAAGUGGUGUACGAUUAUAUAUUUGUUCAAGAUGAUGUUCCUAACGAAUUCCAAAUAGUUACAAAUUAUCCUCGUCGUGUUCUACAAUGUCAGAGCACUGCGGACAUGCCUGUAGUUCAGACGUUGGUCGAGGCAGGACUUCAGAGACGGGAGAUGUUGUAUAUACAAGACGUCAGUGAUUGAAAAACUUAAAACUGGAUUUAUUAACCACAACCAAUUUGUAUUUUGAGUAAGAGGAAAGUUCCGUUGUGACAUCAAACAAAGCUAGAUCAAAUUUUAGCAAUUUCUAGUUGAAGUAUAUUGAUGUACUUGGAGAUUGUGCAUGUAUAGCUUGCCUUCUCCUGAUAGUGUGAGGAAAUAUAGCAUGCAAAUUUACUCUAUUUGAAAACUAAAUCAUCAAUUUGCCACAUGCAAAAAAUUCAUUAUAUUAUUUCACAGGAGGUCUGCUUAAAGAAAUGUGAAUCCACAUAGUCUUAAAAAUUAAUGCAUUUAUUUGUUUAUAUCAACAAUAAUUGCAGAGAAUUCUGCUUCCAUUCAAUUGAACAUUCAGGUUAGUAGAGACAUUACAGAUAGGUUGCUAAAUUAAUUAUUAAAAAUCUUUAUUAUAAUGAUAAUUAUAAUUAGUAAUUUAUAUACAAUUACUAUUCAAACAACAUGGUAAAGUAACAGUCUUCUAGUAAUUAACAAGUAAUUAUUUUAAUGAUUGUUUAAAAAAAAAUAUGGCAAUUGUUGAGCAUUCUGUCACUAGAGGUGUUUUAUGUUAGUAUAUUAUUGUUAUUAAUUAGGAAUUACAGACAUGUGUUAUCAUUAGGUGAUAUCACAUUAUUAGACACAAACUUAAUUGGUUAGCUCUCUUCUAGGUCUUGGCUAGAAGCAAACUUAAAUGACUUAACCCAAAGAGUAUAGAAUUGCAAGAUGUCCGAAUGCCUUGAUUUUGUAUGCACGCAAUGAAACGUUAAAUAAAAGUACUCCCACAAGAUAGGGGUUGCCCUAUUGGAAUUUUAAUAGAGUUCGCUCGAAACUCUGCUUUUAAGGACACGACCCUUUGUGGUGGUACUUUUUGAAAUAGAGUUACGUUCUAAUAAAGCCACCUUAGCCUAUUAACUAACCUGUUCAUAUACUCUCUCCUCUAGUUCUUGGCAAGAAGCAAAACAUAGGCCAGGCCAGGCCAGGCCAGGCGAAUCCCAGGCCAGGCUAGGCUAGGCUUGGCUUGGCUUGGCUAGGCUAUGCUGGGCUGGGCUGGGCUGGGCUGCAAUCUGUUCAUAUAUAGUCUGCUCCAUUUUAACUCAAGUCAACCUCAUUAUUUUACAUUUUUUAUUUUGAUAUACUGACUGAACCUAAACAUUUUUUUAAUUGCAUAUUAAAGAAUGUUUGCUGAUUAUUAUUAACUAUAAAUUUAUUGUAAUCAACUUAACACAUCUUAAUAGGCCUCUCAAUUUCCUCAGCAUGUAUUUCGGUAAGGAAUUGAUGAUGUUAAUGAUGGCCAUUAUUGGUUAUAAAAUAUCUUCUAUAGUGGAUAAAUAAUGUAAUGAUUAUUCAUAAAGAAAAUUAUUACUUGUUUUUAGUACUACAACUAAUCAGUUGGCCUAACUUAACCUUCCCUUCAUUAAGUGAUGAUAAAGUGGCUCACUCUAAUCCAAAUUUCAGUAAAAUUUUUCUCAAAGCACUAUCAUUAUUGAAGUCCAUUGUGUGAUAUUGUAAAUCUUAAAAAUAUGCAUUAUUUAUUAUAAAUAUGUAUCAUUUUUAUUAUUAUAGGAAACUAUAAAAUACUAGCAACCGUCUUUGUUGGUGCUUGUAUUUGUUAAUAUGUGUAUUUAUUAUAAAUUGAUAUCACUACAUUGGGUGUAAACAAAUGUAUAUGAUAUCAUAGUUUGAAUUAUUUUCUACCUUUUAAAUUUAAACUGAAGAUAUUUUAAUGUGUUUUAAAGUGUUCCAUUCGU